AUGACGCCCAAACGCCCUCCCACGUUGUCUCCCCUGCUAUUUGUGAAUCAAGGUCCUUUAGCGCCUGGUUCUGCGCCCCUUCCUCCCUCACCUUCAAGUGUACAUCCGGAAUAUGUCCUAGAUGGUCAUUGGAUUCCAGCGUGCAAGACCGACGGGACCGAUCCAUUGUUCGAAUAUCUGGAAAACACGUUGCCAAAACCCCCUUUGGAGAGUAUAGUGCAGGUUCAAUUAGACCCCUCGGAAACUCCGAUAACGUCGAUUCCCCGCGUCCAACCAAUCAUGAUACAACCUACUGUUCUUGACUUCGCAUCAGCUUCCACACCAAGCAUCGAUACUUCCAAAGACGCUCCCGUGGAUAUUAUCGUCCCUUUGUGUCGACCUAUGAGCGAAAGGAAGUGGGAUGUGCUUGACGAUGUAGUCAGUCGUUUAAACGGGAGAUCAGAAGAAGCACCGGCAGGGGAAAUCCAAGACGGACUGUCUCCUCCAAAAACGGUCAAAGUCGCCCUAUCCGGUCUGAUGCCACCACCUUUGACCCUCCCCUCCGCCCAGCUGGUCAAUUCACCAGAAUUCCAACUACAUGCGUCACGGCUAGCCAAUCUAAGCUUGCACGCGAACGUCUAUCUCAAGCUGUUGCCUCCCGUCGUGGAAGUCGGUAAUUCCCUCAUCGAGGAUAGGAAGGAGGUAGCUGAUGUCGUCACCUUGUAUCUGUCCCACGCUAUCGAGACUUUCGGAACCCACCGAUUGUUGUUUGGCUCUGAUCACUGUCUUCCUCUGGAUGUCCUACGAGCUCGAGCACAAUAUUCGAACGAGAUUACUUCCCCGGUGAAGCAGGGGGAAUGGUAUGCUAUAUUGCGUAAAUGUAUCGCCGAGCUCGGAGAGGACAAGUUCGCCAUGUCCGCCAUCAUGGGUAGUACGGCAUCAGGAUUGUAUGAGUAA